AUGGCGGCUUCCACAUCCUACAAUGGGAUAAACUCUGAAAUUCAAGUUGCACAAAACUAUGCUCCUAUCGCUGCAAACUUCGUUCAACUAGAAUCGUCUUUGAAUCAAGCAUGCCUUAGGGAUUUGCGUACGACCAAUCCAUACGACGAUAAAAGCCGCAUCAAGAAUACGAACGGAGGGCUGCUCAAAGACUCAUAUCGCUGGAUCUUAGACAAUGCGGAAUUCAGACAAUGGCAAAACAACCAAAACAAUCGUCUCCUCUGGAUCAGAGACGAUCCCGGCACCGGCAACACAAUGCUCCUGUGUGGUAUCAUCGAAGAAAUGACACAAUUACAUGGAAACACUGCGAAUGUCUCAUUCUUUUUUUGCCAAGCCACCGACGUGCGAUUUAACAGCGCUACUUCCGUCUUACGUGGUUUGAUAUAUUUACUUGUCCAAAAGAAUCCAUCCCUUCUCUUCUAUGUGCGGGCUCGGUAUGACUAG